AAACUAAAUUUAGUAGGGUAAAUCCAAAAUGGCCGCCAAAGAGGCGGAACAAGUUGGUUUGGACGAAGAAGACGAAGAAUUGCGCGAAGACCUUGCACCUGGUGAUUGUGGCACGGCAAUGUUAAUUGUAUCUGACUCUUAUGAAAAUUUAGCUGCAGAAGAUUAUGAGAAAAACCUUGUCAUUACGAAAAGAAAGGGACAUAUACAUGACAUUGUCCGCCAGUCUUCUCAAGAACAUGAUUCAUCAGGUGGUGAACAAAAUGUCCAAGUCAACAAUUUGGAUGCUGAAAAAGCAACACCAUCAGCAAGUGAAGAUUCAAGUGACCAGAGUGAUUCUGGAACAAAAGAGUUAAGUGGAGUGAUAGAUCACAUUAGUCGUACACAGAUACUUGAAGAAGAUGAAGAUGUCAAAACACCAGAAUGGAGGCAGCAAAGGAAACACGUGUUUAUACUUAGUGACUCAGGAAAACCGGUUUAUUCAAGAUAUGGUAAUGAAGAUAAACUUGUAACCAUAUUUGGUGUGAUGCAGGCUCUCGUAUCAUUCGUCCAAGAUUCUGCUCAUGAUACUUUGCGGUCCAUUGUUGUCGGUGACCACAGAAUUGUGUUUCUUCAACUGGAACACAUAAUCCUUGUUUGUGUAACACGGGGUGCCGAGUCAGAUAGACAGAUUAGAAUUCAGCUGCAUUAUUUAUAUAAUCAAGUGCUUAGUGUAUUGACUCUGAGUUCUUUAAAGAAAAUAUUCAAACAGAGGAGAAAUUAUGACUUGCGGCGACAACUAAGUGGGUCAGAGAAGUUUUUAGACAGUUUGUUAAACAUGAUGGAUACGGAGCCGGGAUUGUUACUUGGUGCAGUGCGCUGCCUGCCAUUAGAAAAUGCUACUCGUGAUAUGAUUGCUCAAAGUAUUGUCCAGCAUGGAAAGGUCAAGGACCUUGUAUUUGCACUGAUUAUAGCCAACAGUCAGCUUGUUACACUGGUCAGAAUGAAGAAAUACUUCCUUCACCCGAUGGAUCUUCAUCUUAUCAUAAAUCUUAUCAACUCUGCAGAGUCUUUCAAGGCGGCCGAGUCGUGGACACCCAUUUGUCUUCCCAAGUUUGACUCUUCGGGGUUUUUACAGGCUCAUAUAUCGUACCUAGAUGAGGAAUGUCAAACCUGUUUAUUACUGCUAUCUGUAGAUAGGGAUUCCUUCUUUACCUUGUCAGCAUGUAAAACCAGAGUAACUGAGAGACUGAUAAAGUACAAUGGUCUCAGAGCAAUAGCCGAUUCUUUAAGAAAAGACAGUUAUAAUAUUUCAAAAUGUGGGAUAUCGGAUUUACGCCAUUUCCUUUACAAGAAUAAAAGCACCGCCCAGUAUACUAGCCCAGAGCUUCUAGCACCGUACUUGACUCCAGAUCAGCAGGAGCGCUUGUUUGGUUUAUAUCACUAUCUGCACAAUAGAAUACAUUCCUCAUCUCGACCGCUGAAAAUUCUCUAUCAUGUAGGCCAGUACGAAGCUUUACUUGGAUGGGUGACUGGAGGAUUUGAACUGUACGCUGUGUUUGGACCAUUAGUUACAAAGUCACUAGCAAUUAAUGCCGUCAAUAAACUGAUGGCGUGGAUAAGGAAAGAAGCAAAUAGACUGUUUAUAUUGGAGUCUGUUACAUUCUAGUGGUAACUAGACAUUAGACAACUAAGAAAUAUAUGUGAUAAAAUAUAUGUGAGUCAUCACAAUUAAAGGAUCUAUCUAGUCAUAUUUCUUUAAAAACUUGUAAAUUUUGCAAAAUUUCGAGAUUUUGGAAGAAUUUUUUCUGCUAUGUCUGCUCACAGCUUUAUAUGCAAUAAAUGUUUGAAUUUGCAUAAUGAUAAAAAAAAAGAAAAACUAAAAACAUUCAUGCAGAUAUAAGAUGUAAAUAAUGUUUUAAUCGUCAUUGCUCAGUAAAAAUGAUGUUCUGCAAAGUGAUCCUUUUAAUGUGAUUAGUCAUAUUUCACUUUUUACUUCCAACAUAUUUGUUGUCGUGGUGACAGAGAGUUCUGUCUUGUAAGGGUUUGUAUUUUCCUCAUAGCUUGAGUAAAUUAAAGAGUUGCAUUUAAAAAAAAAUCAUUCAUAAAAUUUUCUGUUCUGAGUCUUAGAAUGCUUCAAAUAAGUGGAAUUAUUGAGUUGUGUAGGUUAACGAGACAAACUGAAUGAAAAAUUAGAUUUUUAGAAAAAGUGGCUGGAUGAAUAAAAAGCAAUACAGGAUGUUUUUUCCUUUUCAUGCGCAGGAUACUUAAAUUUUUCAGAGGCUUUUUAAAUGAAGUAUUAAAUACUAAAUCUUAACAGAUAUGAAUGUCAAAGAAAAUUUGUGCUAAUAAGUAUGUUUUGAAUUGUAAUUGUUAUUCUGUUAGAAAAUGUUUCUAAGUAAUGACAGUUUUCAUUUUCAAAAGGAAAUUGUGGUCCAUUCGGCAUGCAACAACACUGUCACCAGUGAUUAUUGUAUUGCAAGUAUAAUGUUGCAAAGUUAUAAAUUGCUGGCUAACGAAAAGCUGAUAAAUCUUUGUAGUUCCCUGUAAAAUGUUACUGGUAACGAUGAUACAUGGGAUUUUUCAGAGGAAGAUGGAAAGAUGGAAUUUGUGACUUACUACUGUCUAGAAAUGUUAGCAUAAUGUUUUGCUGUCUCAUUCACACACUAUGAUUUCCUAAAAGUAUUAUCGUUCACUUUUAUAUUUCUGACCUUUGCCUGCAGUAUUUAAAUAAUAUAUGAGCCGCGCCAUGAGAAAACCAACAUAGUGCAUUUGCAACCAGCAUGGAUCCAGACUGGUCAGAAUCCAUGCUGUUUGCUUUCAAAGCACAGGCUGGUCUGGAUCCAUGCUGGUCGCAAAUGCACUAUGUUGGUUUUCUCAUGGCACGGCUCAUAUGAAGACCACUGAUCGAUUUAUUUGAAACCUAAGGUGCACUUCAGUUAUAUUGCAACAUAACUAAAUCUCUAACAUACAAAAACUCACUUCUGUACUGUUGAAUCAUUUAAUAUAGUAGGCAUAGAAUUCUGAGGUUUAUUUUAAACCUUUACUCUGCAAAUAUUCUAAAAUGAACUGGUCCAUUAUUACCGGUAAUCUGUUUGGGCUGUACCACCUAUUAUUCAAAGGGCACUGAAAAUUUACUGACUGAAUAGAGAACAGAUCAGACAAUGGUCAGCCAGCACAGACAUGCCAGCUGAUCUUGGUCUGCACUGUUCGCAAAGGCAGAGUCACUUGCCACCAACAGGCUAAAAGUUAAAAACCACUACUUUUGUUUGAACAUAAUUUUGCGGAUUGAUACAAGUGCAUUGUCUAGAAAUAUUGCCCCCUUCCUCCCCAACCCACCUCAGCCCUGUUCAGACAUACAUGAAUAUUAAGGAUUUUCAGUAUUCUUUAGUGUUAUAUUGCCAUAAUUUUAAUUUAAGGUAUACAUACAGCUAAUGCAGGAGUUUGAGCCAUAAGUGAUUUGUAUGAGUAUUUCUGUUAUGCGAGGGAUACACUGAAUACUGUUAAAACAUUUAACUUUGCGGACAGGAACUUUUAUGGUUUUGCACAAAACAGCUAUUUUGUAGGAAUAUGGAUGAGUGGAUUCCAACAUUUCAAGAUAAAUUGACUUGGUUAUUUAUUUGUAUAUGUCUUUGGGUUUUAUUUCGGCACAGCUGUAUUAAGCUAGCUUUGCUAGGAAGUUUACAAGCUCUUGACAGCCAAUAAAAACGUUCUUUGAAUGACAGGUUAUUUUUAGACUCGGACACUAUUUUUUUGUCAGACAUUUUUUGAUUGUAUGAUAUCCCGUGAAAAAGGUUGAUGAAAUACUGAUGUUUUUUCAGGAUUCCAUAAUAAAAUGUGCUAUUUUUAUAUUUGAUAACCCAUCAACACCAACAUUAUUGUUUCUGACUCAAAGCUGGUAUCUUCAGUUUAUAGAGCAAACACUUACUUUUUCUAGUAACAUUGUACACCAUCAUUAAAUCAGUGUGCCUGACUGCACAAGGCACUACUGUAUUUGUCAGAGUAUUUCUUCCUUCAUAUUCAAAAUAAAACAAAAUAGAUAAAUAAAAAAAAAAAUACAUUUUUGAAAAGCUAAGUUUAUUAUAUGUUGAAAUAUAAUUCUGCAUUUAGAAACUGGUUUUUUUUUUUGAAAUCAUCUGUUUUGCAAAUUAAAUAAUACACAUGAUUUCAUAUUACCUGACAGUGUCAGAUAUGCACUUUUUAAUAUCAUGUACUUGGUUAAUUAGAUUGAGUUCCAUAUACAGUGCUUGUACACCUUGUUUAACUCAUGGAAGUUGUAUUGACUUGAAUGCAUGUAAGUGUUCAUUUCUUUUAUGUAUUUUUUUCAAUUGCACAAAGCUGGUAUUAUAACCAUGUCAUUUUUAACAGUAUUUCACUCUCAAAGUUAAGGAAGAAAUCAAUAUCCAACUGCAGAGGCCCUUGUUUGAAUGAAAACAAAGUCCUGGAGUUACCGCCCUUACGAAACACUCUUCCAGUGAUUUGACCUUACAUCCAGUAUUAGUCAUGCUUUAGUGCCGAAGAAGGCAGAUACUAUCCAAAAUUACAUGAUUAUUCUUGCUUUGACCAAUGAAAGUGAAUGACCAAUAUGGUUAAUCAAGAGCAUGAAAACAAACUGUUCAGUCAUGUUUAGUUUAUCAUCAAUAAAAUCUGUGAAAAGAUCCUUUGGAAGCAUAGAAUGCAACGAAACAAUAAAAUAGCAGACUCGAUUUGAUUGACUCAGUUCAUGAGAGGUAAUGGAAAGUGUAACACCCCUCAAGAUCCCUAGCACCGGCUUAAGCAGCAUUUUAUUACAUAGAUAUUGAAUGGUCUCCAUGAUCACAAAGGGGCAGAAAAUAUAACAACACUGAAUCCAAGAUCAUGUUAAAUUUUAUCUUUAAAAUAUUGUUUAGAAGGUUGGUAGCAAGCUUCUUUCUUCAUAAUGUGUCAGGAAUGAACAGGAUUGCCAGUUACUGUUACAGUUAUCAAGUGUGAUGUAGUGCUGUUAUUCAUUGCAUUCUAUUGAAAUUUUCCAUUUAAUAUAUUGCAGUUAUCCAUUGAGAUGUAUUGCAAUUUAUUGAAAUUAUUCAAUGUGAUGUAUUGCAAUUAUCCAGUGUGAGGUAUUGCAGUUAUAUGUAGCAAUGUAUGUGAUGUAUUGCAAUUAUCCAGUGUGAGGUAUUGCAGUAAUCCAGUGUGAAGUAUUGCAGUUAUCUGUAGCAAUGUAUGUGAUGUAUUGAAAUUCUUGUGUGAGGUACUGUAUUUGUAGCAAUGUACCCGGUAUGUGAUGUAUUGCAAUUAUCCAGUGUGAUGUAUUGCAGUUAUCUGUAGCAAUGUAUGUGACAUAUUGCAGUUAUCUGUUGUGCAGGAGAAUUUUCAAUAGUUUCUACAGAAACAAUUACAGCUUUUAGAUGUUUGAAAGUAUUUAUGAUGUAAAUGUUUUUAGCUUGUUAUUUAUGAAAAAUAAAAAUCAAAUUGUUUAAGAUAAAAA